ACUAAGGUUUACUGCUACUAGUCCUGAGUGGAGUCUGUGUUACUUAGAAGGAAAAUUAGGUUUCUGUGCAUUGGUGCGAACAUACCACGUCUGUAAACUGUUGUUUAACUAAAGUUGUAUUAUCGUAGCUAAUAAUCAAAAUGUUGUUGUUUUUUAUUACACAGAAAUAUCGCCAUUGUGUGAGAGUAUGGAGCUGCCAAAACUGAUAUCGUUUUGGAUUUAUUGAAUUGUUACUGUUAAUGUUUUGUUAUAUUCACCAAUGUAUUAUUUUAAAUUAUAUUUGGAUAUACUGAAUGAGAUGCUGAAUUUUAUUGUAUUUUGACUAUCAGUGACCUUUUAUACUUCCAAAAAGAUACAACUGUCAUUGUGAUAGAGUUUCUGAAUUGAAAAGGAGAUAAGCAUUUGAAAUCGCUACAUUCGUGUUGAACUUUCCCAAAGGCCUCAGUGUCUUGAACUUACCGAUCAAUUAGAAUUAAUUUUCAUUUGGAUUUACAGUACCAUUUCUGUUCAGUGUGGUGUUGAACUUACCAAGUUUAUUUUAAUCCAUAAAGUAAUUUUAUUGCUAUCAAGUCAUUAAAAUAUGAUCUUCAUCAUCGUAAGUUCAACACCUUCUUAAGGGAUAUUGUUGUCCUAUGAAAUUAUCAAAGUACUGUUAUUAGCAGUUAAAUAGAUAUACUGAAGUGUGGGAUCACUGUCAGUAUAGUUUGGGAUUCUUGGAUAUGUCACUGUUUUAUUUACGAAUCUGAUAUUGAUGCUUAAUAAGGUUUUCUGUAACAGGUUUUUAAAUGUUCGUGAGAAUAUACAGAUUAAGUGGUUAUGUCUGUGUCCAGUAAAUGUUAGAUUGCUGUGUUUGCUGUUGGUGUCCAGCGAAACCAUAUUACUCUACGCUUUCAAUGGCAGUAGAUCUCAUUGUGUUAAAUCAGUCUAAUCUAUAAUCACUGGCCACUUCUACUUUCUAUAUUGUUGUUGUUGUUUUCACGAAAAACUCGCCUUCGUUUAUGUGAAACUUUUAAAUAUCUCAACUUUACGUUAAACCUAGUCGUAGGUGUGAGGUUAGCUAGAUGUUACGAGAUGUGGAAGAACAGGAAGAUCCCAUACAGAGGACCAAGUGGAAGCGCUGUCUUCGGCUACUUGCCGUUCGUCUUUUCUCCGACGUCGGAAUAUGUAGUUUGGCUUUGAGUUACGCCAUUGUGGGCGCCCUAGUAUUCGAGGCGCUAGAGACCCAGCACGAGCUGAGCGCGCGCUCAGAAGUUCGGAAACUCAGAAUCGACUGUAUGCGUGAUUUGUGGAGAAUAACUAACGAGCUGAAUGUGCUUUAUGAAAAAAACUGGACAUUAGCUGUUGAUUGGAGACUCACAGAGUUUGAGCAAAUGGUGGUCAACGCUGUGAAAAACGAAGGAUAUGAUGGAAGAGACAUGGAAGCCACUGAACGACAGUGGUCAUUCUCUGGAGCGUUAUUUUAUUCACUAACGGUUACUACAACAGUUGGUUACGGGAAUAUGGCGCCUAAAACAAAUUUUGGCAAAGUAGUGACCAUAUUCUAUUCCAUCGUAGGAGUCCCUCUGAUGCUUUUGUGCCUGACCAAAGUUGGAUACUAUUUUUCUCGACUAUUCAGAUUUAUCUAUUUUCAUAUCUGUUGUGUUCGCUGUCGAGAGCAAAUUCAGUUCAGGCAAAUUCAAAAGGCAGUGAAUAUGAUGAUAAGAAAACAGAUGCCAAGUAGCAGUUCGUCCUUUCCGAAUGACCAAGCAAGUGUUGAGGAGAAUAUUCAACCGUGGAAUCCUGGUCAGCAGUUAGUUGAAGAGACAGCUGAAAGUGGUCAGUCGUCACCUUCUGAUCAGUUAAAUGAUUACAAUAACUUAAUAAGUCAUGAAAAAAGAAACCAUUGGUCGACAAAUAAUCAGACUGCAAUGAGCCAUGAAAGUAACGAGAACAGUUGUAAAAUGUCAACACUUAACCCAGCUGUGGAAGAAUCGCAAAAUCUAUGUGUCGAUAUUUCCAACAAAUUUCCCUAUGCUCGACGUAAUAAUACGAAAUCUUCGUCGCUUCCUCCAUCUUUUACUCACCACACCUCCAAGCUCAGCCUUUCUGAUGUCGCUUUUUUAAACAACAAAGACAAUGCCAGCCAUAAUCAAGAGAAACAUAUUCCUAUGUACGUAGUGAUUCUUUUCGUCGUUGCCUACAUCUUCAUUGGAGCCAUGAUAUUUUCUUUGGGGGAAAACUGGAGUUUUUUGAACGGUGCAUAUUUCUGUUUCGUUGCACUAAGUACUAUUGGUUUCGGUAACCUCGUUCCUGGGUCAUACAAAUUUGAGACACACGUUCACUCCGGACAGGCAAGGCUGAUUAUUGGCAGUUUUUACAUGAUACUAGGGUUAGCAGUUGUUAUCAUGGCUUAUCACUUAACGCAUGAAGAAGUAAUUUUGAAAUGCAAAACUGUUGCCCGAAAUCUUGGAAUUUUAUCUUCGAACGAAAACAGCUAAACCCUUCUUUCUGUCAUGUCUGAAAUAUCAAACACUAUAUCAACUUUACUGUUCUAUACUUUAAAAUAAUUUCUAAGUGUUCCAUCAGCUUGUAAUUCGUGAUGAAUUAAAAAACAUUAUUACUC